CCGGAAAAGGCUGUAGCACUCCUGUGACCCUUUUGAGGAUACACGGCUCAGAAAGUAGAUGGCUAUAUUUAUGCCAUAUACAUUCUUGGGCCAAGUUUUACUAGCAACAAGACUUGACAUUUUGUCCCAUCAGUUGUCCAGUAGUAAAAUAACAGAACGAAAAAUCAACUCUCUUGUCCAAAGUAGACUUAGAAAUGGAACGUGCAAACAUUUCACGUCACAUGCAUGUGUUUCAGUCUAAAACAAACGAAAACUAAACAGCGUUCUGGUGACGUAAUCGACACAUUCGCACAUUUGUCCCACCUCCAGAAAAAAAACCCGUGCACGCGUUUUGGCUGUGUUUUCCCCCAUUAUUCAAUCUACCAAAGAGCACGCGGACUGUGAUCGUCAAACGGAUGAAUGGACGAUGUUGUCACGCACGUUGAACGUUUUUUGGUGCCUCCAAGACGACGACGGAAAGGUAGAGAGCAGUUUUAGCUUGAUGAAGAAGAGGCUCUUUCCAUUCAACAACAGAAGAUGCGCACUCGCGUAGAGCCUGCCGCUUAUGGACAGCAGCAGCCAGUGUCUCACUUCAAAGACCAGCAUCAACUCCCGCGACAGUAUAGGGGUAUUGGAGAGGCUUCAGCACAGAGGGCAACAGCCAUGAGGGGCGACUGUCUAACGUGUGUCAAGUACCUCAUGAUCAUGUUCAACACCUUCCUCGGUAUGGCAGGUUGUUUCCUCGUUGGUGUGUCGCUGUUGGUGUUGCUGGGAACAAAAACGCUGUACGGAUUUCUCAUGUUACACCCGGUGCUCUCUUUGACCGUCUACGCCGUCUUGACCAUUGGAGCCAUGCUCUUUGUUCUUGGCUUCCUGGGCUGCAUUGGUGCCAUCCGUGAAAAUCGGUGUCUGCUUUUCUUUUACUUCCUGCUCAUAUGCAUUCUCUUCAUAGCAGAGCUGAGUGCGGGGGUUUGGGGCUACGUUUACCGUGCAAAGUUGUCCAUGGCAUCUUUCAAAGAGGAUUUAGCGACGAAAUACAACGGCCUCGAUCCCAACGAUUCGUUCACAAGCAUGUGGAAUGACUGGAUGGAACGACAUAAGUGCUGUGGCGUUGAAGGGCCGAAGGAUUUUGAGGAGACUGAUUUUUAUAAAAAAAAACUAAACCUCACCAAAAUUCCAAAGGAGUGCUGCAUUGAACGCACAAAGAAUGUUCCACAGGGUGUUGAUGUAUCCGUGGAAUGCUUAGACAACCUAAAUCAAGCCUACAUCCAUCAACAGGGUUGUCAUGAGGUGGCCUUCACAACCUAUGAAUUUUACAUCUACAUGGCUUUGGCAUUGGCUAUUUUGGUGCUGAUCUUUGAGCUUUUCGCCAUGUUCAUCGCUAUGUGCCUCUUCAGGGGACUCCUUAAAAUGUAGUCUGUCUAGACUUUUUUUUUUCCAAGGAAAAACAGGGAAUAAGUGAAAAAAGAAAAUCAACGCUUGUUUUGAACUCCAUUUUUUUAUUUGAAUGUUUUGGUUGGGAUUUUUUUAAAGGUCCAUUCUGAACAGUUGUACUUCACCACUGGACUUUUGAGGUACUGGGUAGCAAAGUAGUACACGUAUUGGCAUACAACAGACCAAGCCGGGAUAUCCGAGACAAAGCUGAUGUAAAAAAAAAAAAAAAAAAGAUUUUGUGUGUUCCGUGGAAAAUGUCAUUUUUGGACCAGGUCUUGCACAAGACUGGGUUUAAAGUACUGUAGACUGGACAUGUGGACCAGAUGAACCCUAAGCAGAAGGCACCGCACUGACUUUUGAAUGAAGAAUAUUUAUAUUAAGUAAAUCUGGCUUAACUGUUAAAAUGUCUUAUGUCCACUUUGGCUACCCUUUCUAUUCAUGAUUGUAUAUAGUAAGAUGAUCCUUCCACAAUCCCUUCUCCUGGCCACAUUUCAUUGAUGAUGUAUUAUAUCAUAUCUGUAGGUGAGUGUGUACAUAGUGGAUGCAGUUUUCAAAUGUGUAUAAGCUAUUUUGUGAGCAUGUGAGAUUUUAGUUCUUUUAUGGACCCUCCUGGACUUGAACCGUCAGUGUGAUUUAGAUUUCUGUUUAUAUUUACUACUUAACGUGAUUUUAGGUGUCAAGGCGUUUGUGUAUGCAUUUGAUCUUUAAUAAAUGGCAUUCUA